AUGGAGGAUGGAACAGAGCAGACGAAUUCCGCAGUUGAUGAUUGGCAUUCGAUUCAAGUUAGUGAAGGCAUUGUGGAUGGUUCAGUAGAUGUUGAUGGAUCUUCAUCAAUUACAGUUGAUCAAGAUUUGGUUGGUUUGGUAGUAAGUAAUGCUGAUGAGGCUUUUGAGGUGUAUAACAGUUAUGCAUAUACACUUGGUUUUAGUGUGAGGAAGGGUCAUCAACGAUACAAGGGAUCUUCGAACACAAUUCAAAUGAAGAAAUUUUGUUGUUCUAAGGCUGGUUACAAGGCUAACAGUGGGGUUAAGGCUUAUUCCAAAAUUGACACAAGGACAGGGUGUGGAGCGUUUGUUCAAUUUGACGUGGGUGAUGAUGGGUUGUGGACAGUUACGAAACACGAGAAAGUGCACAAUCACGAGUUAUGUGUGUUCAACAAGAGUCAUCUACUUCGUUCACAUAGGAGUGUCGGAGAUAAUCAGCUCUUAUAUUUACAAGGUUUGAAGGACAGUGGUGUUGCAUUGGCAGAUGGUAUUAGGAGGAGGCAGUCUACCGAGACUGAUUUUUUCUUUGAUUUUGAACUUGACUUGGAUGCAAGGUUGUGCAGUUUUUUUUGGAGGGAUGGUCAAAUGAGACGAGAUUACGAGGUGUUUGGGGACUUGUUAGUGCAUGAUACGACAUAUCGCACAAACAAAUACGAUAUGAUUUGUGCCCCUUUCGUAGGGAUGAAUCACCAUUGCAUGAAUGUAAUGUUUGGAUGCGGGUUUUUGAUGAACGAGAGGAUAGAAUCGUUUGUGUGGUUGUUUAAAGUGUUUUCAAGAUCAAUGGGUGGCAUGUCUCCACAGACUAUUAUGACAGAUCAAUGUGCAGCUAUGGCUGCUGCUAUAUCUAAAGUGUUUCCAACAUCACGUCAUCGUCUUUGCAUAUGGCAUAUCGAGACCGAAGCUGAAUUUCAAUUCUAUUGGACAAGGUUGGUGACUGACUAUAAAUGUCACAAGAAUAAUUGGUUAGAAAAGCUAUAUGACUGUAGGGAGAAGUGGUGUCCAGCAUUUAACAAGGACUAUUUUUCUGGGGGCAUUCUAUCAUCACAAAGGAGUGAAACUACAAAUCAUUCGAUUUCUAGAAGGUUGUCCAAGACAGCGGGUCUUUGUGAUUUCUAUUCAUCGUUUGUAAGCGUAAUUUCUGAAUGGAGAAGUAAAGAGAACGGUGAAGACUUUCGGUGUGCUCAAGGGGUACCCGCUAUGAUGAUGGAGCAUGUGAAACUUCUUUCACAUGCUAGAGAGGUAUACACGAUUGAGAUAUAUUUUCUGUUUGAGGAACAAUUCAUGAAAGGCAGUGCGUGUCAUCAAGAGAUGGUGUUGAAUGAUGGCCGUCAACAGAAGUAUCACGUGUGGCGGCCAGAUAUAGAUAUUAUAAGGCAUGAGGUUAGUUUUAACGCAGCCAACUUGGACAUUUCUUGUAGUUGCAAGUUGAUGUCUGAGUUGGGAAUUCUAUGUUGUCAUUGUAUACGCAUUCUUCACGUACAUUGUGUUUCUAGUAUUCCCGACAAAUAUAUACUUAAAAGAUGGACUAAAAAGGUUAUUGAUGGUAGGAAUGUCAACAUUGAUUCUAUGGUUUAUAAUGUUGGUGUUCCUCCAUCAAUUUGGGUGUUCGAUAUUAGUAGAAAAUUUCAAAGAUUAGUUGUGUCUAGUCAAGAUAGCAGCGUAGCGAGGAAACUGUGUGACGAGGCUGUUGAUGAUGUAAAGAAAAAGGUUGAAGCCGAGGUUGGGCAUGUGCAUAUUGAAGAGUGUGGUGUUUCAUCUUCAAGUGGUGGUGUUCAAAAUCCUUCAAGUCGGAGAUUGAAAGGUGAGCGUAACAAAAGGAGGAGUGGUGUUAUUGAAAAGAAGUACAGUCUUGCAAGGGGGAGAAGGAGUGCUGCAAAUAAAGCUGCAUUGAGUACAAAGGGUGCUGUUCAGUCUUUGGUGUUGGAAAACAUAUCCAAGCUUGCUGGGGAUGGAUACCUUGUACAUCCAAGUUCUUCAAGUUCAGAUUUUGUUCAGUUUAGUAAGGGUUUAGAUGACAAUGUAGGUGUAGAUUGA